GUGGUAGUAUGUGGGAGGGGUAAUGAAGGGCACAUACUGACAGAAGCACAUUUCACUAUACAUGUGCUGAGAGGCAUGCUGCACCGAGUGGCUUAGGGCUUACACAGAGUCUCCGCAGUCUUUUACAAGAGAAGGAAGGUCGCCAGAAGGAACAUAGCAGGAUGUCUCUGAAAGAUGAAGUGCAGGACAAAUACCGCUUGGUCGCUGUUAUAGUCUUCAUCCUUGGCCUUGGCACUCUGCUGCCCUGGAAUUUCUUCAUAACAGCCAUUCCUUAUUUCCAGUCUCGACUAGUAACGCAGCAGGCCUUGGAUCGAGCCACAGACCUGAACUAUUUAAAUACCUCAAACAUCUCUGAGAGGGCAAUACAUGCAGAUGAAUUUCAAUUUAAUAACUGGAUGACCCUACUGGCACAGCUUCCAUUGCUGCUGUGCACACUCCUCAAUUCCUUUCUUUACCAAUGCGUUCCAGAGAAAGUGAGAAUCGCUGGCAGCAUGGUAGCUAUUCUCUUUCUUUUCACUGUUACUGCUGUCCUGGUUAAAGUGGAGAUGUCCCCACAGACCUUCUUCGAUGUCACAAUGGCUACAAUCUGGUUUAUCAAUGCUUUCUGCGCUAUUUUGCAAGGCAGUCUCUUUGGCCUACUGACUCUCCUUCCUCAGACCUACAGCAGUCUUUUCCUCAGUGGACAGGGGAUGGCUGGAACUUUUGCUGCUUUGGCAAUGCUGUUGUCCAUGUCCAGUGGGGCAGACCAUCGAACCACGGCCUUGGGAUAUUUCGUCACACCUUGUGUUGGAACUUUCAUUUCAAUCAUGUGCUACCUGAUGCUGCCUCGUCUGGAGUUUGCCAAAUUCUAUUUCUCUAAAUCAGCCAGCAAUAGUGCAAAGAAUUAUGAACUGGACACAAAAGCUGAACUCCUACAGCAAGAUGGAAAUCCAGAGAAUGGUGAACAGAAACAGGCAGUGCACAAAAUAAAGGAGGCUGAAGUGCUUACAGGUGAAGCUGCACAGAAAGUAUCUAUCUGUGCUGUGUUACGCAAGAUCUGGGUAAUGGCUCUCACAAUAGUUCUGACAUUUGGAGUUACCCUGUCAGUGUUUCCUGCAAUCACAGCAGCAGUGAAAAGUGGCACCACUGAUGAAAAAUGGGGUAAAUUCUUUAAUCCUGUAUGCUGCUUUUUAAUAUUUAACGUCAUGGACUGGGCUGGACGUAGUCUUACAUCUUAUACACUGUGGCCUGGUCCCGACUGCAAAUUCCUGCCUCUAAUAGUCAGCUGCCGCUUUGUCUUCAUACCUGCUUUCAUGUUAUGCAAUAUAUCUGAUAAAAGCUACCUCCCUAUAGUCUUCGGUAAUGACGCCUGGUUUAUCAUCUUCAUGAUCCUCUUCUCCUUUACCAAUGGAUAUUUUGUGUCUCUUUCGAUGUGCCUGGCUCCCAAGAAAGUUCUAGCACAUGAGAGUGAAACAACAGGUGCUAUCAUGACCUUCUUUUUGGCUUUGGGACUCUCCGUUGGAGCAGGGCUGUCCUUCCUAUUCAAUGCUUUACUAUAACCAGCAAACUAACAGCUGAUCCCCACAUAUGGCAAUAUAUACCUGCAAGGAUUAGGCUUUCUCACAUCUUGUGCACCCUGCAUUAUUCAUUCUUAUACAAGGCCCACUGCUGCCAUUUUCCUGUAGCUGUCAGUCCAGAAGGACAGGCACUGAUUGCACCGGCAACAAAACCACAAUCUGACUUUUUAUGGAAAGCAUGGCGCAGAGACUUUCUGGACAUCCAGCAAAUUCAUAGUUGGCGUUAGUAGGUUUUUUUUCUUAAUAAGGUUUUAAUACAGCUUUUUAUUUAUGCUACACAAGUAAACAGUGUUCUAACUUUUUAUUUUUUUAUGCUAACAAACAUUCAGAUAUGAAUAGGAAGAUUUGCAUAAUAAGAUUUACAGGAUUUUAAAGGGAAACAAUGUACAGAUUUUUUUUUUUAAUGUCAGCAAGUAAUCUGCACCCCGACAUGCCAGAAACAAGAUAGCUGCAGGCAGCACUCGGGCUUCGUAUUUUAAAAAGUAUUUUUGCAUUGAAACUAAAAGCUAACAUAGCCAUGAAGAAAAUCACGCUAAAAGGCAGGUUCUUAGGCGCUACGGAUCAACAAAAAUUGAAGUAUUUCCACCACACUCCAAAAGAGCUGCUGGGAUCUGAAAGCAUGUUUGUCAAGCAGUGUUUGCAGAAAGAACAGUAUGGCAGAGCGGAUCUUUGCACUACAGAUACAAAUGUGUUUAUUUAUCCUCAUUAUAUUACAGCUGCAAUAGGCUUUGACGCAAGCACCUCCCAGAAUUGGCAGGUUCAACAUCUGAAAGAACGAGAAGAUGCCUUUUUUCCACAAAAUACAUGACCAUAUUAAAAGUGUAGACCCCCAUGGGAUUGGUGGAAAAACUUAUUGAAAUCUGUUUUACAAGACUGACUUAGAAGGGUUGUUCAGCUUUAACAUAACAGUAUGUUAUAGAAUGGCCUAUUCUUGGCAACUUUUCAGUUUGUCUCGAUUUUAUUUUUUGAUAGUUUUUAAAUUAUUUGCCAUCUUUUUCUGGCUCUUUCCAAUGGUCAAAUGGGGGUCACUGACCCUGGCAGCCCAAAAACUAUUUCUACACUUUCUUCAUUACCUAAGUUUCUAUUUAGGUUCUCUUCUAUUCAUACCAGUCUAUUAUUUGAACCACUGCCUGGUUACUAGGGGAAAUUGGAACAUAACAACAAGAUAGCUCUUAAAAUUACAAACAGGAGAGCUGCUGAACAAAGGCUAAAUAAUCCAAAAACCACAACAAACAAAAGGUGCAAACCAAUUACUAAUUGUCUCAGAAUAUCACUGUUUGCAUCAUACUAAAAAUAUAUUUGACCGUGAACCACCCCUUUAAAAGCUGAAUCUUUGUUAGCUGGAUGUGUCUGCCAGUAAAACGAGGGGUAGCAAUUUAAUAGUUGGUCUUUAAAGCUUGAUAUUUAUUGUCUUGGAAAUUAUGUACAUGUUUCUUCUUUUGAACCAUAUUUUUGUAAAAAAAAAAAUAAUAAAUAGAUUUUUUUUAA